AGCUUAGGAGCUCCUAAAAUAAAGAUUGGUGCAUCAGAUUUGGGUAGAUUAAUAAAAUGUGACAACUUGCUGAUACAAAACAAGCAAAUACUAUGUAUCAGCCAAAGCCGCAUGAAGUAUCCGAGUCUGAGGACAACUCUGACAUCUGUGAAAGCUAUACAACUGUCUGCAGAAGCAGCAGCUAUUGCAGAUGUAGAAGAUUCAGAAGAGACCAAACCAUCUGUUGUGAAUAAUACUCAGCUCAUUCCCAAGUCCUCUGAGGUGGAAGCACUUAUCAAUGAGAUCACUGAUUCUCCAUCGAUCGCAGAGUUUGAAUUGAAACUUGGAGGUUUCCGCCUAUAUGUAGCGAGGAAGUUAGCUGAGCAAAGUAGUCCACCACCUCAGCAAACCCCGUCUGUGGUGGCUGCAAGUGCAACUCCUGAAACGAUUACAACAAAUGGCUCAGCGACGUCUUCGUCAUUGUCUGUCUCAAAGACAUCAUCUUAUUCAGCAGACAGACCGCAAACACUUGCUAACAAAGCUGCUAAUGAGGGUUUAGUGAUUCUCCGAUCUCCAACGGUCGGUUAUUUCAGGAGAUCCAAGACCGUGAAGGGGAAACGACUUCCUACAAUUUGUAAAGAGAAAGAUAUAGUGAAAGAAGGUCAAGUUCUAUGCUACAUCGAACAACUCGGUGGCCAAAUCCCAGUUGAGUCUGAUGUUUCCGGUGAGAUUGUCAAAAUACUUCGUGAAGAUGGUGGUGAGGCUUUAUUUCUUUGUGUUGCUGAGCCUGUAGGAUACGACGAUGCUCUCAUCACUGUUCUUCCUUCGUUUCCUGGCAUCAAGAAGCUUCAG